UUCGGCCCUGUUUCAUUCAACGUCGGUCAGGCAAGCCAGCAAGAAGCCACGCGUAGUGUGUGUGAUUGAAAAUCACCAAGAGUGAGAGAAAAAGAGCAAAGCAGAAAAAAACUUCACAGGGAAGAAAGCAGCCCUCGUUUCCACACGCCAAGUGAACCCAAAAGCGGAAUCCCAAGUUUUCCCAGCGCGAAGGCCACAGAAGGCAGAGCUUAGUUUUCUUCUCCGUGUAAAUUUUGUUUAUCGUAUGUCCAUCCAGAAUCUAAAUACAUUCGACCCAUUUGCGGAUGCAAUAAAGGGUGCUGAUGAUGAUGUACAAGACGGACUCGUGCACAUAAGAAUCCAGCAGAGAAAUGGUCGCAAAACACUAACCACCGUUCAGGGCCUGUCAGCGGAGUACGACCUGAAGAAGAUCGUGCGAGCAUGUAAGAAGGAAUUUGCGUGCAAUGGCACUGUGAUUGAGCAUCCCGAGUACGGCGAGGUUCUCCAACUGCAGGGCGAUCAGCGGGAAAACAUUUGCCAGUGGCUAACCAAGUCGGGCCUGGCGAAACCUGACCAGUUGAAGGUGCACGGUUUCUAAGCUGACGACACACUAGAAGGGAAUACAGCACAUAAACCAAUAGCGACAGCAGCAGUAACAGCAAGCAGUAAAUUCAAGUGAACAGAAGCUUAACAGGAAACCGAGUAGGUGCGUUGUUGUACAUCGUCGAGGAAAAUUGUGGAUCAAGGACGAAGGUGUUCAAAUGAACAGCAAACCACAACUUUAAGUAACAGAAAACCCUUUUUGCUACCAACGUUAAGAAACUCCAACAAUAUUCUGAGUGUAAUAAAUGAGAUCCCCCACGCCCAGCGCUUUAUAUUGCUAGCCAAAACAUUACAACUGUGUGCUAACGGGACGCAAGUAAAGCAGUCAUGGUGUGUGGAUUGGAUAUGUUAGUACAAUGAAUUUCACGUUUGAACUUUACUGCUGAGAAAUCGACGGUGCGGAUGAAACUAUCCCUAAGAAGUAGAGGAUGAUGAUGAAACACGAGUCGUUAGACGAAACAACAGUUAUUUACUAAAUGCAUAUUAGUCACGAAAUUUAACACAAUUCCAUUGCAAUAGAAAGUAUAACAUCCAUCAGACCAGCCAAAACUAAUUGAUGAGCGUGGGCGUAGUCAAUCAGUACUCGCGAGAGCAUAGACGAAUUUAAUUGUGAAUGUUCUUCGGUGUAAUGGUAGAGGAAGCACGCACCUUUUGUUGGUUGAUUGAAUGCUAGGUUUCACACAUUUCGUCUCCAUAAUUUCCAUAUCUCAAGUCAUCCGAAUCAAGUAGUCGAAUGCUAAGAUAGUAGCAAAAUUCAUAAGCAUCAGUAAAAAGACACCAAUUUGAAACACAAUUUUGUUAGAUUGAAAGUUGAUAACAGCAAAAGGAGUUAGUUGAAAGUUUUCAAUGACAAACUAAUUGUAAACCAACCAGUUCAAUCUGUAAGGCCAAGCUGUUGUAAAGUUCUUUAUUUUUAAUUUUCCCUCCCUCAUUUCUUCUCUUAUGUUUGAAUUCAGUUGAUUCCCAUUCCGAGGACAUAUUUCGUCGACAGUGCAAAAAUGAUUAGCUGAUGAUUUUUUUCGAAUACACUUUCCACUUGAAAACGUUGUUGCGGUAGAUAACUAUGUUAACUAUGUUAAGUAGAUUUCUUCUUAGAUGAUGUAGUUCAUGCACACACGCUUCAAGCGAAGGAAUCAUGUAUUUAAAUGCAAUUGAUGUGUUCAGAGAGGAUAGUUUAAUCCGGCUUUCAAAUGAGUUUCCUAAUAAGUAUUUUCCUCCUUUACUAAAGCUACUAUGAAAUGGAGUUUGUUCACCAUACAAUUAACUUCUUCUUGAUUCCGGUAUUACACCCCCCAAAAUGUCGAAUUCAACUGCUGAUUUCUGUUCUUCUCUUAUGGUUUUGUUCAGUUCUCUGUGUCCACUGUUUGUAUCUCAAAGUAUAGGCAAAAUGUAACUGUUCCACAAAGAAAUAAUAAACAAAAUAUUCACUUAA